GAGGAGAGCGAGGUGUAGAGAAACCGAGGGGGAGAGAACCCGAGUGUGUGUAUGCGUGUGCGUGUGUGAGCGCGAGCGAGCGAGCGAGGGAGAGGAGCGAGAGAGUGCGAGCGAGAAAGAAUAAAAGGAAAGAAGAUUUUCUCUAUGUAUAUAAAGAUGGCCACGUUAGCAAACGGACAGGCUGACAACGCAAGCCUCAGUACCAACGGGCUCGGCAGCAGCCCGGGCAGCGCCGGGCACAUGAACGGAUUAAGCCACAGCCCGGGGAACCCGUCGACCAUUCCCAUGAAGGACCACGAUGCCAUCAAGCUGUUCAUUGGGCAGAUCCCCCGCAACCUGGAUGAGAAAGACCUCAAGCCCCUCUUCGAGGAGUUCGGCAAAAUCUACGAGCUUACGGUUCUGAAGGACAGGUUCACAGGCAUGCACAAAGAAACAGGACUGCACCAGGGUGCGAGGACAGACACGAAGGAAUAUUAACGAUGCACCUACUACGUGGCACACACACCGCCUCUACUUAUUUUAUCUCACCGAAUCGUUGUGGCAACACUUCUACAGAGACAUCCACUGCCCCUUUGGGUGCCAAGGAAAUGGAUGCUCCGACGAGAACAGUAACUCGGCGAGGUUACACGCACCCAAAUUUGUCACAU